UGUGAGAGAAAGAAAGAGAGAGAGAGAGAGAGAAAAAAGAUGUACUGAAGAAGCCACACACACACAACAUACUCAAAAUAAAGAGCUUGUAAUUUCUCUUUGCAUUCACUUCUUUUUUCUUUCUUCUCUCUGAAAAAAAAAAAAGAAAAAACUAAUUACUCCAUUUUUGAAGCUUCUGGAAACUAAUCUACCAGGUGUUGGUGGACAUUUAGGGAUAAUGCUGAGGAAGAGGAGCAGAUCACACCAGAAAGUUCAGCCUAUGGGUCAUUUGAUGUUUGAUUCUAUCUCAGAUUCCUCUGAUGUUUUGGUUAGGAAACAUAAAAAUAACUCCAUUUUUAAUGUUCCUGCUCAUGUGUUUGUUGGUCUUAAUAAUAAUCCUAAGGGUUCAGAAUCUGAUUCAGUGAGAAGUCCUACUUCUACACUGGAUUUUAGAGUCUUUUCAAAUUUAGGCAACCCCUUUAGGUCAUCAACCAAUGAGGGGACUCAUAAGACCUUUAGGGGUUGCACUAAAGUUGGCCUUGGCAUUGUAGAUUCUCUUAAUGAUGAUGAAAUGAGGCAAUCGGGGAAAGUUCUCCGAUCAUCUGAUAGUAAAAAUAUUCUUUUUGGCACACAAAUGAGGAUCAAAACACAUAAUUUUAAGAGCUGUGUUGAUUCUCUUGAGGAACCUAAGUCGCUUCCUAAGAAUAUCGCGAUUUUUCCUCAUACCCUGUCGAAAAGCUCCAAUCUUGAAAAGGGCAAUUCUGAUGUUUUGUUUGGAAUUGGAGAUGCCCCGUCGGAGCAUGAGUUAUCGAGAAAUUUUCGUUCUUGUUCUCUAGACUCAGCAAGCUUGGCGAAUCGUGCCGCGACUUUUGGUUCUGAAAAUGGAAUAAAUCCAGUGGUUUCACAUGCUAAAUGUGUUAGAGGUUGCUCAAAGUUGGGCAAUCCAGCAGGUGCCAAAGUUGGCUCUACCACCAGCUUAGAUGGUUCUAUUUCGGCUAGUGACAUUGAACUUUCUGAGGACUAUACUUGUGUGAGAACCCGUGGACCCAAUGCCAAAGUAACUCAUAUAUUCUGUGACUGCAUUUUAGAAUGUCACAACAAUGAGUUGCCCAAUUUUUGUAAGAACGCUAAUGAGAAAACCGCGAUGCUUGAGGUGGUGGAGGACAGCUCAGAGGUCCUCCCUUCAUUUCCUCCAAGCGAUUUUUUGAGCUUUUGCUACUCUUGCAAGAAGAAGCUUGAUGGAGAAGAUAUUUAUAUGUACAGAGGUGAGAAAGCUUUUUGCAGCUUGGAUUGUCGUUCCGAGGAGAUUUUAAUUGAUGAGGAGAUGGAGAAAGUCAAUAAUGAUUCUGAAAACGCUAUCAAGCCAGACAGCCGUGAUGAAGUUUUUGACACCGCCCUGUUCAUUGCUACAUAGGAUGCCGGAAAUUGCAAGCUGUAGCUACUAAGCCCAUGAUUGAUGAAACACUGGUUAACAACUAGAUCAUCUGUAUCCUAAGAGCUGUUUUUUUGUGCAUCUUUGUGCAGCCAUGGAUGAUCAGAGCAUGUGUGAACUGUCUUUCCUUUCUCAUGGCCUUAGUGGUUAAUGGUCACAAACAGCAAAUUUUGCUUUACAUAGUUCUGAAUUUGAAAUGUAAUAGUGGAGUAUAAUCUCUAUGAAAAGAAACUUAAUUAGAAGGGUUGUAGCCCAUCCUUGUGGCUCCCCAAAUUUUGGGUUCUCACAUGCUAAUAUUACCUGGCAAAAUUUGAUGAAUAUAAAUGUUUCAUGACAUAUACAUUA